CUCAACAAAAUGCAUAAGAAAAUGAAACACUCAGGAUCCAGCACUUUUAGAAUGCACGAAUCAAGUUUGAUGGACUCAGCCUUGGAUUCAACCACUGCCAGAUUGCCUCAUUCCCUAUGCGAAGAUUCAAUUGCCUUCAUUUUGAUGGCCAAAAGUGCCACUGAUCACAUCAGAAUCAUAAGAGUAUUAGCGCAUCAUUUAAAUAGAGGAUAUUAUUCAAUCGACUAAGGAAACCAGAAAUCGACUUCAUCUGAAUAUCCAAGAAAUGAAGUUGAGUCUGAGCAAUCUUGAACACGCACAACAGCGAGACAUUCUCAAUACUGAAUACGAAAUGACAGUCAAUGCCAACAAAUUGAAAUCUGUAAUCUUUGAUUUAAUAUCUCCUAAAGCACUUAUUUCAGCAGAUCCAGGAUUAACAAGAGUAAAACACUCAAUUCGAACACUAGAUCUUCUCCUUGCAAUAAGAUUGUGAAGACAUUCAAAACCAAAGAGACAGGUUGGAUUACAAAUUAAAAUACAUGUGUAGCAAAACGGGACAAUAUUAAUAUGCGGAUUAUGAUAACUAUAUUCAAUGA